GGCACCAGUCGGCGCUCCCCGGCCCUGGCGGCGGAAGAGAUGGAGCAGCGUCACGAGCGCCCGGCCCCUUAAAACGCUGCUGGCUGGAGCCGCCUCCCUCCCUGCAGCCCGCGGCGGGGAUGGAGUAAAGGGGGACCCGUCAACCUGCCCGCGGGGAUCAGCGAUGGAGUUAAAGCAAUCUUUGUCCACCCAUGUGGAAACCGAGAAGCCUCUGAGACGCUAUGGGGCGGUGGAGGAGACGGCGUGGACAGCGGAGGGACUGGGGAGAAAUCAGCUGGACAUCAUCUCCAUGGCAGAGACAACCAUGAUGCCGGAGGAGAUCGAGCUGGAGAUGGCGAAAAUUCAGCGCCUCCGGGAAGUCUUGGUCCGACGGGAGUCUGAGCUCAGGUUUAUGUGAGUGCCCAGGGAGGUGGCCGAGAAAAAGAAGGGGUGGUGGAGAGGGGAUCACCCA